AUAUCACAUGAUUUGAGACUAGCUCCGGGAAAUCCAUAUAACUAGUGGUGUAUGAUCAAAGCUCCUUCGGAAGCUCAUACUCGCAAAAUUUACUAACGCCUCGGUUUUACACACAACUUUUCUAGCAUCCUCAUGACCUUAAAGGUCCUUUUUAUAGGGGGUUGAGACUUUUUCACUCCUACUGACAAUUGUUACACCAAUAUGACAUUGCUGGAAAGGAUAUAACAAAUGAAACUCACUCAACAUGAACAGAUGAUUAACAGAAUGAGAUCAUGAUUGCAGGUCUGAGACAGCGAGCAUGCGCAGAGAACGGCCUACGAAUAACAGUCAAUACGAUGAUUCAGUAUACCGAGAUCAGGAGCUGGGUUUAGACUGUUCCACAAUCAUCAAAUAGCCGCUGCAAUCAGGACUCCGCUUCCCUGCUAUUGAAUGGCAAGUGACGGGGUUUUGCCAGCAUAAUGUCUUCCAUCAUCAGUCGCAAAUUCGCUCCUUAUCUUGGGAUGUGGGCCGAACGCAAUCCAGACCCUUCACUUGGGUUGCUGUGGGCGGUGCCGUGAAGCACCAUUCCGAAUGCUGAUAAAUAGUCAAUUGCGCCUCCUAAAGCCACCAUAAACCGUUCUCCCCCGUUCUCAAUCCAGAACAUCCAGCUUAGUCCACUUUUCGUUUUUCGCUUUCUUUACAAUGACAAUGUCAAUCGGUCCAGAAACGGAAAAGCGGGAUUCUCCCCAUAACCCCAGUACUAUUUUUAAGACUGGCGGUCAUCUAGACCUCCCUAAUGAACCCAAUCACCCUCGAAGAAGGCUGGUUACAGAAAGGUACCAGGAAGAAUUGAAGUUGCGGGAAGCAAACCCUGAUAAAAUAUUUUAUGAUGGUGUGAAUUUACGCGAAUUGGAUCCUAAUCUUAUCACUCUAAAUCCAGAGUCGAAAGAAAACCCGCGGGUAAUAACCCUUGUACCUCCUAGGAAUUCGAUGAUGGCCCGCAUUCUUUAACAUUGAAUAGAGUUGGAGCCGGAAGAUGAAGUGGACAACAACAGCCCUUAUGGGAGCCUACUGCUUUUUACCUCCGUUUGCUAGCACUAUAUUUGCGCCGGCCCUCCUCCUAGUCAUGGCGGAUCUUGGUAUUAAAAACCCCACUCUGGGUGCCAUCCAAGUUUCUAUUUUCGUUCUGGCAUUCGCACUUGGUCCGAUAUUCGCGGCGCCCCUUAGCGAGAUAUAUGGAAGGACUAUUAUCGUCCGUACAUGCAAUAUCUUGUUCAUUACCUUCUCAUUAGGGAGUGGAUUUGCCCAAAAUGCAGCUCAACUUACAGUGUGUCGUUUCUUUGCGGGGGUUGGAGGUUCUGGUGGAUUAGCCGUUUUCGGUGGUGUACUUGCUGAUAUUUGGGACCUCAAGGAACGGGCAAAGGCUUCAGCCUUGAUGUCCACCUUACUAAUUUUAGGGCCAGUUGCUGGCCCUGCCUGUGGUGGCUGGAUAUCUGAACGAGAGUCUUGGAGAUGGACUUGUUGGGUCCCGGCAAUGGCUGCCACAGCUUUAGAAGUCAUAUCUCUUGUUUAUAUGAAAGAGUCAUAUUUUCCAGUACUGCUUGAGCGGAAGCUUCUGAGAAAUAAGCGAUUAUACCCAGAUAGAGACUUGUAUACUGUAAUCGAAUUGCGCCCGAAUACUUUGUCCGCUCACCGGGUGGGAUGGUUUGUCUCAUCUGCUAUUCGCCCCGUGAUAUACCUUCUUGUCGAUCCCGCUCUAUUUUUACUGUCCCUAUAUUUUGCGUUCGUAUUCGGGGAGGUGUAUCUGCUCAUAGUAACAUUUCCAGAGAUAUUCGGGGAAGGUUACGGCCACUCUGCUGGGUUUGUUGGCAUCGACCUCCUAGCUCAGGGGGUAGGUAAUAUGCUAGGUCUGAUUGUGACGGUUAAAGCACAUGAAAUUAUAUAUGAACGCCAAACGCACCCCAGCAAGCACUACGAUCCGGAGUCUAGAUUGGUUCCUGCAUUCCCUGGUGCCCUUUUGAUAGGUGCCGGUUUAUUCUUAUAUGGCUUUUCUGCGCUCAAAUAUCACUUUAUCGUGCCUCUAGUUGGUUUCGUAAUAUUUGCCGCUGGAGCCAUGAACAUAUUUCUCGCAAUUCAGCUUUACAUUGUUGACUGUUUUUCUUUCCCAGCUUCAGCUGUAGCCUCACUGUCAUUCCUCCGUUUCGUCUUCGCAGGGGUAUUUCCACUUUUCGGCUCCCGACUCUUCCAAACCUUAGGAGUUGACUGGGGAACAGGGCUCCUUGCGUUCUUAUCGCUUGGUCUGGGUGUCCCAUUUCUGCCAUUGAUCUAUAUCUAUGGGAAGAAGCUCCGUGAGAUAGGGAAAAGUAACAUGCAGAAACUUGCCUCUCAUUAGAAGAUGGCACAGAUGGUUCAGUUUAACGCAUGGAACGACAUAUGCCGGGAAGGCCCUGGCCUCACAAGCCCAAUGAUUGUACUCCUAUAAUUUGUCAGGGAGAGUUUCCUUUUUAAUACUUUACUCGAAAAUAAUUACAAGGCAAAGCAACGACAGUUUCGUUUCCUCAAUCAACUAAAUGACAAUACUAGGUAUGUGGAAUUUGUUUCUCCAACCGUAGAAAUGGUUGGUUGGAAUUUGUCCCUUGACAAAAACGAAUAGUGAUUAUGUAGCGUGAUAUUUGACAAAUAGAAUGCUACGAAGUUAAUAACUAAUUUAAAGACAAUUUGAG